AUGAUCAGUUUGACUCGAGUGUUCGUUGAGACCAUGGUCUUCGUUGUGGCAAGUCUCACUGCUACGUAUGUGGUGUGCGAAGCGAAGAACAUUCCAGAGGACGUACUUUCAAGUAAGAGAAGCUAACUUUAUUCAAAUUAAAGAAAUGAGAAAUAUUUGAGACGUCGUGAUCCCUACCUUCUCCGUCUUGUUCGUUAUCGUGCAAGAAGGACCCGAGGAAGUCUUGGAGCUGGGGCAUGAUUUCGUAAACCUUCUGAUGGGGCGCACUCGAGCCGACGUCGCUCUCCCAGUUGGAGAUGCCGAGCUGCCGAACGAACAGGCUUUGGACGUUGCUGCUGCCGGAGAUGCCGACGGUGAUGAGUAA